AUGGAGAGUUUUAUCCACGUCCCCGGCUGGUCGCAGCAUCUUUCACAUCGGCCAUCCGCCUCCCGUCCCUUGAGCGGUCAUUUUCGCUCUCUUUCCUCCGUCUCAACCACCAAACCAGCACCCCCUUCUCCAUCGCCUCUACCGCAGCUCCCUCUCAAGUCGCCCAAGUCUACCUCGCAACUGCCUAAGAUCUCCCUCUCUCCGACCUUCCUCGACGAUGAAAUGAGCACCCUUCCCGACCCUCGAAGCCGGCGGGUGAGCAACGCCGAGGACCAGCAAAGCGAACCCGACGCCCCCAAUCAUCAUCCCGACCUCAGCGACGAAAUUGCGACAUUAAGCACAAAACUCAUCAACGCAAUCAAUCACCAGACUGCCCUCGACGACACCCUGAGCGCCACCCGCCAAGAAUUGCAGACCGCACACGGCCGCAUACGCGAGCUCGAGCAGCAAAAUGAGUCCCAACGCGAGAUGUUGGCCGGCGAUGUCUGGAUACGCAAAUCCACGAUUGAAUCCGACAAGCGCGCCAUGAAAACCAAGUUUGAUAGUGAAGUCUCAAAACGACUCGAAACCGAGGCCGAAAAGAAGCGCAUUGAACAGGAGCUUGAGACCCUGGCCACGGCUCUCUUCGAAGAGGCCAACAAAAUGGUUAUCGUCGCCAAGGAAGAAUCCAAGGAGCGUGAAGAUGCUGUCCAGCGUAAAAAUGAUCUGCUAAAAGCUCAGCUGGAGGAAUCCGAAGUACUGCUUAAAAAUCAGCAAACCCAAUUAGCCGAGCUCAAGCGCGUCAUGGAGACCAUGUCCUCUCAUGACGAUCAGCAGACAAACACCACCGCUCCCUCGUCGCCGGGCCUGCCUCGAUUAGAUACAAUCGCUGGUGACCGCUUGCCGCCACCUGAUUCCGCUGCAGCCUCUCCACUGCCAGAUUUCUUCGCACCAGCGCCCCCUACGAGUUUGCAGCAUCUCAUCCUACCAGUCCUCCGCCAUGACCUGGGUGCCUAUGACGACUUCAUCAAUCUUGCACAUCAAUCCCACAAGCCCGCCGGCAGUCGCAUCUCCUCCGGCUCCAUGGGCGGCCUUGCCGCGCUUGGCCUUGGACUAGCCGGUUCUACCUCAAGCGGGCACAUUUCCAACGCUUCGACGUCCUCGCUCCCCAAUGCGGCAUCUGCAGGCAGCGGCCCUUCAUCGCCAAACACACCAGCGUCCUCGACGCAGGGAACACCCAACCAAAACCUACCGAUGCCGGCCCUCAAGGAGACCAAGUUCUACAAACGCGUCAUAGUUGAGGAUAUUGAGCCUACGCUGAGACUUGAUUCUGCCCCUGGCUUGUCAUGGUUGGCUCGACGUAGCGUUCUGACUGCUGUUACGGACGGCAGUCUCGUAGUCGAGCCCGUCCCCACCAACGUCAGUUAUGCCCCGGCCGCCCGACCGCAACUCUUCCCAUGCGCCCUAUGUGGUGAAGCCCGCAAGGAGGCGCAAUAUCUACGCAACCAUCGCUUCCGCACGAGCGAAUCGCCCUCCGCCCAACGAUAUCCUCUUUGCAAAUACUGCCUCGGCCGUGUACGAUCGACGUGCGGGUUCCUCGGAUUCCUGCGCAUGGUCAAGGACGGCCACUGGCGCGCCGAUGACGAAGACCACGAAAAGACGGCCUGGGAGGAAAGCGUCCGCCUGCGCGAGCAAAUGUUUUGGUCCCGUAUAGGUGGUGGCGUCAUCCCCGCCUCGCAGGCAGGCUCGCCGACUGACGAGGAGGCACGAGCUUCCGUUGACGGAGUCCUUAGCACCACCUUGACUGUGCCUACUGCUGCGCCUGUCAAUGGCCAGGCGUCAAAGAGUGCCAGCGAUACCAAACCGGUAUUUGACCACAAGGCACCUGCCAGGGAACCGCGCACGCCACCCGAGCAGACGGACACGCCGACGCCUACAGACCACUACAGCGAAUCGCCGGAGCUCCGCAAAGAAGCUGACAAUGUUGCGGCAGCUGAGAAGCCUGUUGCUGUCGAGAAUUAA